AUGUCGGUCGGUCUUCAAGGAUGUAUAUUUUGUGAUAUCGUUCAUACGAAGAAGCAGCAACAUUUAAAAGAGAGCGAAAAUGCGGUGGUUAUAGCUGACGCGGCACCGCAUGCUCCACAUCAUUAUCUCAUUUUGAGCAAGAGGCACAUCAGUAAACCGACUGAUCUCACACCGGGAGAUAUCGACCUUGUGAAAGAAAUGGAGCAUGUCGGAAGAGAAUAUCUUCGUGAAGCGUUGAAAGCAAAAGGUGAAGCCGACACUGUGGAAGAUUUGCUAAGAAUGGGUUUUCAUGGAUCGGUGUUGGUUUCAGUCAAACAUCUUCAUAUGCACUUACUAUAUCCUGUCAGUCAGAUGAGUUUCAUCUAUCGAAGUGUUAUCUUUCGUCCGGGUCACAUGUUCCAUUUAACCAAAGAUGUGAUCGAAGAGCUGGAGCAACAGAAGGGAGGUGCAACCGGAGCAGAGUCCACUCCACCAAUGCAUCUGGAAACCACUGCCGACGGCAGACUUCGAGCUAGUUCGGUGACUGAACUUGGAGCUAGUCCGGUGACUGACAUGACUGGUCAACCGGAGGAGUGA